AUGAGGAACAUUGGCGGAGGUCAAGCAAACACCAACGUAAACACCAUAGUAUUAGUAUACGCCAUUUAUGCGUUACCCGCGGAAGAAGCACAUAAUGACGCUUGGAUAAGAAAUGCAAGUUUAGUUGUGGUUUGCGGAAAUGUUGGCAACGAGAUUGGGAAUCAAAUCGUGGAGUACAUACUUCUGGGUGGUAGACUUCUCGCUUUAUGCUCCGAUGUAAUUCAUAUUUUACUUCCAUCGUUUAAAACUGCCGAAGUAAGAGAAAACGAGCUCGUACACUUUUCUUAUGGGAAGUGGAAGCACGUACGCAUGAUGCACCAUAUCUUCUGCUAUCAGCCAUCUCCUGCAAAGACAAGAUUCUCGCAGGACCAUGAAGACGUAAAAGUAUCUAGUGUGUCUCCACCAGCGUCGGUAGACGUGAAAGACAAGAAAGGAAAUUUGCAUUCGUUUGACCUGAAAGUACUCGGAACAGAAGAAACAUGGCACACGCCGAGUAUAAUACUAGCGACGCUCCCGGAAAGUGGCGGGAAACUUGUUUUCUCUCAGAUACAUUUAGAAGUGGAUCCAAUGCAAUAUGAAUUCGAGGAGAGUAAAUUUAAUGCUUUGAAGGAAAGCAAUGCAACUAGACUGGAAAUAUUCAAUGAUCUGUUAAAUGUACAUCUUGGAAUAGAACUUCGUAGCACUUCACAGAAAACUGCACCUGUAACUUAUACACCAGCUUUCUUCUUGGGACGUCACGAGUUAAAAUUAGAAAUGCUAGAGAGAUUGAAGGACGCAAUGCAAACAAGUGACACUUUAAAAAUGUCGCAACUGGAAAUUCACUUCUGUCGAAGUAGUACAGUUCCUCAACCGGCUUCAUCUUCGUUUCUCCCCAUUAUGGUACACCAGUGUCCAGACAACUUCUCAACUGUAGAAUAUUUUGAGAACUUAACUUCUAAGGAAUUGGGACGUUUAGUGAUAUACGCGGAUGUAUUGUCAUCUUCUAUGGACGUUUUAAAUGGCCAUCAGUUACAACACGGUUUAGCUGUUAUUGUUCGUCAGCAAACAAAGGGAAGAGGAAGGAGUAAAAAUAUCUGGCUUAGUCCAAUUGGAUCCGCACUGUUUUCCUUACAAAUUCAUGUGCCUACUGAUACAAUUCUUGGAAGACGCAUUUCAAUUUUGCAACAUUUAGUUUCUGUUGCAAUUGUAUCUGCAUUUAAAUCUUUGCCUGGAUAUGAGGAUAUUGAUCUAAGAUUAAAGUGGCCUAAUGAUAUUUAUGCUGGUAAUAAUAUCAAGAUUGGUGGAGUGAUUGUAGAGACGCAUGUAAUGUCACAUCUUAACAUUUGUAAUGUUGGGGUUGGAUUAAAUCUAUUCAAUAAAAAACCUACACAUUGCAUCAAUGAUAUAGUUAAUGUAUUUAACGAAAUGUAUCAUAAACAGUUGAAAAUGAUAUCAUAUGAGCAAUACUUUGCUAUUGUAUUUAAUGAGAUUGAAAAAUGGUUAGACACCAUACAAAGUGAUAAUAUAGAUUCUUUUUUGUAUAGAUACUAUACCUACUGGUUGCAUAGCAAUACACAUGUAAAGGUAUUAUCAGCAUCGGGGACGUCAGAAAAUGUUACAAUAUUAGGUAUAGAUGAUUAUGGAUAUUUACGUGUUCGAGGAGAAGACAGAACGAUAUUAACUGUACAUCCAGACGGUAAUACUUUCGAUUCCCUGAAGGGACUUAUAGCUCCAAAGUGGUCAUAUUCAAAUAGAAUAACAAGUCCAUCAAACGUAUUUUAA